CUAAUGAAUGUUUUCUGACUUAGCUGGCAUUACUUAGGAACUCAUAUUGUUCAUUAUUUUAUGCGAGUUUCAUUUAAUCAGCUGUAUGAUGUAAUUUUAGUCUUGUGUCUUAAUUGUUUUAAUCGAACCUAAGUAUCAUUAGCUCACCUUUAAAAUGUAGCAUAAGCUAAUAGUUUAACAGUUAACGGCUAGUCUCCGUUAGCUCGAGGUUAGCUUAACGGGUGUGUUAGCUAGCACAGUACCUGUAAACAUUGUUUUGUUUUUUUAUUGCAGCAUCUUUAUUGGAAAAAAACCAUUUAUAACAGCUAGACAUCACAACAUGAACUAAAAACUGGUAUUAUGUGAUCCGGGCACAAAAGAAUAUCAUGCUGAGUGAUAGGUCAGCAUUAUAUUGCUACGCCAUCAUCCGGCUGCCUCCCCCCUCUCACUAUCCAUAAGUGGCGGUGAUAAACCGUGGGCGUCUGCAGAAAAGUUGUUGAGGGAACACCAGCCGGUACAUGGGAUGCCUCAGAGAGAGACAAGUCUAAUGACGCAACUGGUUUACUCAAUACAGCCUGAAGUUGUGAGGGACAGGACAAUACUUGCAGGAUUUCCACCGUUUCCUAUGACCAUAACCAGACUGAAGACUCUGAAAGUGACAGAUGUAACGUGACAGGCACACAGACCUUCUUCCGAGUUCACGAAACAAGCUUCUGCGGACAACAGGGGACCAACCGAUGCAAACUUUUCUAAUGGCAUACAUUAUAUUGCUUUUUCUGCCUUCAGUUCUCAGUGCACGGACGCGGAUGUUAGUCCCUGGAUAUGAACCAGUCCUCUCCAAAGAGCCACACAGGGAGAGCCAGAAAGUUCUUACUACAAUGGGCAAAGAAUGUAAAUUCCCAUUUCGUCAGGGUGGAAGGCUUCAUCAUCACUGCAUCACCAUCUUCUCAAGACCAUGGUGCUCUUUGACACAUAACUUUGAUCGGGACCGGCAGUGGGGCUUCUGUAUGCCAGAGAAAACUCAACCAAAUGUGUCCGUCCACACCUCACACGAACAUCUGUGUGACGUGAAUCCGUGUGAGAAUGGAGGAGUCUGCAUGCUGAUCCCACAACGACACACAUUCGAGUGCUCGUGUCCUGAGAGCUUCUCUGGGAGACUAUGUGAGCAGAAGAAGUGCUAUGAAACCAUACACCUGCACUAUUAUGACAUUGGAGAGUCUUGGGGACGAAUUCACCUUCGUAAUGUGGAGCAGUGCACAUGUGUGGCAGGGGAAAUAAAGUGUGAGAGAGUCCACUACACAAUGUGUCAUACAAACCCUUGUCACAAUGAUGGAACGUGUCGACUGAUCACAUCCACUGGUAAGGAAGUGUGUAACUGCAGAGUUGGCCACAGCGGACCAUACUGUAACUUAGAGCCGGAGACAGAGUGCUAUUACAGCAGGGGCACAGGUUACAGAGGGGUGGUGGGUACCACAGAGUCCGGCACCCGCUGUCUGCCAUGGAACUCAGACCUACUGCAUGAUGAGCUCCACGUGGGCACAGUGGUUAAAUCGCAGCUCAAGGGCCUUGGUGAGCAUGCCUACUGCAGAAACCCAGAUGGGGACAAGAUGCCGUGGUGCUAUACGCUAAAUGACGGCGCCAUCUCCUGGGAGUACUGUGACAUCCCCUCCUGUGUGAUACCUCUGUGGGAGAGCCAGCUGGCGGAGAAAUCGAAAAUAUUCAGGAGAGCAUCUUCUCGAAGGAUAAACGUCCUGCCCAGCAUUAAAAAACGGGAGCCAGCAGAAAAGCCUGUUUGCGGGAAAAAGCACAAGAAGAGGUUGGCAGCAGCCAGGGGGCGGAUAAUGGGCGGAAACUCUGCUCUUCCAGGCACUCACCCUUGGAUGGUGGCCAUUUACAUCGGGGAGUCAGAUUUCUGCGCCGGCAGCUUGAUUUCUUCUUGUUGGAUCCUCUCUGCAGCGCACUGCUUCUUCCGCAAUCCCCUGAAGUCUCAGCUUCGCGUGGUGCUCGGCCAGCAGCACUUCAACAUCACCAGCCCCAACACCAGGACGUUCGGAGUGGAGGAGUACUUUUUUCCAAAGCAGUUCUCAGUGUUUAAUCCAACACUACAUGACAUUGUUCUGAUCAAACUGAAGAAGCAGGACGGACAAUGUGUGAGGAAAACGCCGUUCAUCAGGCCCAUCUGUCUCCCAGACAAAAGCACAAGGUUCCCUGAUCAGUACUGUUGCACUAUUAGCGGCUGGGGACACAUGUAUGAGACGGCUAGGAUUCGGUGUUCUCGCCACUGCGGCUGGACUCGAGUCAGGGUUGCAUCAGGAAGGGCAUCAGACGUAAAACACGUGCCAGACUUCACAAUGUGAAUCGUCAGUGUGACGAUUCGCUGUGGGCGACCACUAACAGGAACAGCAGAAAGUGAAUUAUGAUGUCAUUGUAUUUAAGUGUCAGUCGAGGGCCAGGACAGGACAGGACUGCACCGAUCGCUUAAAAACAUCUGUAGCAGCAUCUAAUCAAAGUAUGUAAACAGUAGCACCACAAGCUGUAAGAUCACUUAAAAAAUUACAGCUUUAAGCAGCCAGAUAAUAUAUUGACUGUCAGCCCUUUGCAAAUGUAGCUGCUACUUUGAUUUAUUUAUAUGUGCAGACAUGGAGAUUUCAGACUUGUUAGUGUGCUGUUUAAAAUGAGUAGGAAAUACAUCUGUGGAGGACUGGAGUAACUUAAGGGAGAGCUAGACUAAAACCACUGACUUCAGGUCUUGGAGGGAGUUUUGUUGGAGGAACCUAAUGUGAAAUGUAUCCAAAGGGGAAUUUGGGGACAGGAUGAGUGCUGGAGACAGUGUGGGGGGAAAAUAGCCUGCUGGCAUAUUGGCACGACAUUACUAAAGAAAUAAUACAUUUGGAAUAGAAGUCAGUUGCUCUUUUGUCACACUACACCUGGACAAAAUACUGGACAAUCUCAAACCACAGCUUGAUCCAAUAGCUAUUACAUGUAAAUGGAUGUAUUUUCUGAAAUGUAAUUUAAAAUGUUCUCAUUCUACAUCAUUAAACAGCAUUUUGAUCCAGUGUCAUGUUACUUAAUUAACUCAUCCAUCUAAAGAGGCAGUGAAUUAAUAUUUCAGAGAUCCUGACCACAGCCCGAGGUUCCACUGUCUUUAAUAUAAUUAGCUAUUUGUGCUUUGUG